AAAACCGAGAAGAAGAAGUGUUUCCCGGAAACAACAUGGUUGUUUUGGUAUCCGGUAGUACAGUAUUCAUCUGUCAAACGAUUAGGCAAAACUUUAACUAGACAGUUUUGGCAACUGGAUUAAGGACGCUCGUUAGUAUCAUCUUUAAUAUGUUUAGUCCGAGUCGAUGAAACGAACUGUGUUUCGAGUGAAAGUCAGACAUUUAGUAAAUUUGGCGGACCACGGUAGCUAGCUAGAUAACUAGCUAGUUAGCUAGUUAGCUUGCCACUCUGUCAACAACUCUGUGUUCAGCAUGGACUGCACGGCGCUGGAGCUCGACGCUGUCAAAUUUGCCAAAACAGCUGUCACCUACGACCAGAGCGGCAAAUAUAACGAGGCUGUGUUUUAUUAUAAGGAGGCAGCCCAGGCCCUGAUAUAUGCUGGCAUGGCAGGGUCUAAACUGGAGGGGAUCCAGGACAAAGUGAACGAGUACUUGGAUCGAGUCCAAGCCCUCCACAAUGCUGUCCAGGCCCAGAAGAGCGACCCGCUGAAGUCCCGGCAGCAUGUGGACCUGGAGCGAGCCCACUUCCUGGUCACCCAGGCUUUCGAGGAAGACGAGAAGGGAAAUGAUGAUGAAGCCAUAGAGCUGUACACCCAGGCUGUGGAGCUAUGCAUAACCACGUCCAACGAGACAUCGGACCCGGCGCUGCAGACCAAGCUGAAGCAGCUGGCGCGUCAAGCCUUAGACAGGGCGGAGGGUCUUAAAGAAUCUCAGUCCAAAUCAACUCCAACUCAGGACAAGCCGGGGCCUGCUGGAGCCAAGCCCAGCAGUGGGGCCGGUUCUGGGGGACCGGUCCGCCAGUUCUUCCCCCUCGGGCCAGACUUCAGCCUCAGCGACCGACAACAAGCCCUGCCGGUCCGGGCGGUGCAGUCCAGCGAGCCCCAGGGUCAGCGCUACACAUCGGAGGAGAUCGAGGUGCUCAGGAGUACAUCUACAAUCAAUGGGAUAGCCUAUGUGCCCUUCAUGAGUGUGGACCUGAGGGAAAGAUUUGCCUUUCCUGUCCCUUUCUCGGACAAAUCAGGGAAACUGGCGCUGUCGCCCAAACAGAAAGCCAUCUUCUCCCGCUGGGUCCGGCCAGACGAGAUCUGCAAUAACCCCACCAUGAUCAUGUCUGUGUCCAGCUUCAGCAUCAAACAGACGGUGGUGUCUGACUGUUCGUUCGUGGCGUCGCUAGCCAUCAGCGCGGCGUACGAGAGGCGCUACAACAAGAAACUCAUCACCAGCGUCAUCUUCCCCCAGAACAGACGAGGGGAACCGGAGUAUAACCCCUGUGGGAAGUACAUGGUCAAGCUUCACAUCAACGGAGUUCCCAGAAAGGUGAUUAUAGACGACUACCUGCCGGUGGAUCGUAACGGGGAGCUGCUGUGCUCCUACUCCAGCAACAGGAACGAGCUCUGGGUCUCCCUCAUAGAGAAGGCCUACAUGAAGGUGAUGGGAGGCUACGACUUCCCCGGCUCCAACUCGAACAUCGAUCUGCACGCGCUGACCGGCUGGAUCCCCGAACGCAUCGCCAUGCACUCAGACAAUCAGUCCUUCAGCAAGGACGACACUUUCCGAAUGCUGUACCAGAGGUUUCACAGGGGUGACGUCCUUGUCACCACGGCAACGGGGGUGAUGACAGAGGAAGAAGGGGAGAAAUGGGGUUUAGUGCCAACACAUGCCUACGCCGUUCUUGACAUCAGGGAUCACAAGGGAAUGCGUUUCCUGCAGCUGAAGAAUCCGUGGAGUCACCUGCGGUGGAAGGGUCGCUACAGCGAGCGCGACGAGAAGAACUGGACACCCGGACUCCUCAAGUACCUCAACUUUGACCCCAAAACAGCACAGAAGUUUGACAACGGUGUUUUCUGGAUCGCAUGGGAGGACCUUUGCCAGUACUAUGAUGUCAUCUACCUGAGCUGGAACCCCGCCCUGUUCAAAGAGUCCUCUUGUAUUCACAGCAGCUGGGAUGGGAAGCAGGGCCCAGUGAAGGACGUCUACAGUCUGGCCAACAAUCCCCAGUACAAGCUGGAGGUCCAGUGUCCGACGGGGGGGGCGGCUGUGUGGGUGCUGCUCACCAGACACAUCACUGACAAGGACGAUUUUGCACAAAAUAGGGAGUUUAUCACUCUUGUUGUUUACAAGACGGAUGGGAAGAAGGUUUACUACCCAGCCGACCCCCCUCCUUACAUCGACGGCAUCCGCAUCAACAGCCCGCACUACCUGACCAAGAUGAAGCUGACGAGCGCAGGAACACACACCUUCACACUGGUGGUCUCCCAGUACGAGAAACAGAACACCAUCAACUACACACUGCGGGUGUACUCUGGAUGCAAAUUCUCCUUCUUCAAGAUCCCAAAUCCCUUCACUCAAACCAAAAGGAUCAACGGCCAGUGGAAGGGGCCGAGCGCUGGAGGCUGUGGGAACUAUAAGGACUCCUACAAACACAACCCCAUCUAUCAGAUCAACCUGGAGCGGCCGGGACCGCUGCUCGUCGAGCUCCGAGGAUCCAGGCAGUACAGCGUUGGUUUUGAGAUGGUGACGGUGUCGACGGUGGGGGAUCCUGGCCCGGCUGCCUUCCAGAAAAAAACCAGUGGAGAUUACAGGUGUGGCUUCUGCUACAUGGAUGUGGACUACGUCCCAGCAGGCCUCUACAAUGUCAUCCCCACCACCUUCCUGCCCAAACAGGAAGGACCCUUCUUCUUGGACUUUGCCAGCACCUCGCCCCUCAAGGUGUCCCAGCUCCAGUGAAAACAGAGCUGCAGCGAGGACGGGGGCUGGGAGAGAGGUACUUGCAAGGGCAUCAUGGGAUGUCGCUGAUACUGUACUCUGGAUGUGACGAAGGCCUCGAUUAAACACAUUAAAGACCACAGAAUGUCUCACGGCCUCUCCCCAGCUCCUCUUGCUGAACCCUUUCGCCGGGGAUGGAUUGUAGGCUCGACGAUACCACGCAGUUAUGGUGACGGAAUAAAUUAUUAGUGAGGAAUUAUCAGGAGGAACUUCAGCAUGGAUUGAAAUCCAUCAACUGUGAAGGUGUUAUGGGACAGAGUAAAAUUUAAAGGACAAAGCAAUAUGGCGUUUUUCCAUUACAUGGUACCUGCUCGACUCACCUCGACUAGGGCUGGGCAGUAUAUCGAUGGUGUAUCGAUAUCGCGAUAUGAGACUAGAUAUCCUCUUUGGAUAUAUCGUAAUAUCGUAAGUGUUGUCUUUUCCUGGUUUUAAAGGCUGCAUUACAGGAAAGCAAUGUCAUUUUCUGAACUUAGCAGACUGUUGUUGCUGUUCUAAUAUUUACCUUUACCCACUUAUAUUAUUUCUGGAGAAUAUUUAUCAAAAAUAUCAUCGUGUGAAUAACUUUUUGUUUAAGCGCCAAUAGUCAACAUUACAAUAUCUUCGCAAUAUUGACAUCUAGGUAUUUGGGUCAAGAAUAUCGUGAUAUUUGAUUUUCUGCAUAUCGCCCAGCCCUAACCUCGACUCUACUCGCCUUGUUUUUCCAU